GUAGACUCGCCACCGCCAUCCAGAAGUUGUUAGGCAGUAGCAGCGAUACUUUGCUCUGCCGUCGGACCGUUUAGUGGCCGUUGUUAAACACAAGGACGUCCUUGAGCGACUCCAAACACCUAAACCGGACACAACUGCCUGAAGAACCGCGGUUCUAUUUUGAGCCCUGACUCAGCUCAGGUGAUCAGGCCCUGUCCCGUCUCUGAAGGUCAUCUGUGAGCAGACAUGGCUCCUGCGGUGGGUGGACCUGUGGGUUACACCCCUCCUGAGGGUGGCUGGGGCUGGGCAGUUGUGUUUGGAGCCUUCAUCUGCAUCGGCUUCUCCUAUGCCUUUCCCAAAUCCAUCACAGUGUUUUUCAAAGAGAUAGAAGUCAUCUUCAAUGCCACACCCAGUCAAGUGUCCCUGAUCUCUUCUAUCAUGUUGGCAGUGAUGUAUGGAGGAGGUCCAAUCAGCAGCAUCCUGGUGAAUAAGUUUGGUAGUCGACCGAUCAUCAUCCUGGGCGGUUGUCUAGCAGGGUCUGGGCUAAUCGCGGCCUCUUUCUGCAACACUGUGCAACAGCUCUACUUCUUCAUUGGAGUGGUGGGAGGAUUUGGACUGGCAUUCAACUUAAAUCCAGCCCUCACUAUGAUCGGGAAGUACUUCUACAAGCGGCGCCCCAUUGCCAAUGGCAUCGCCAUGGCAGGCAGUCCUGUGUUUUUGUCCACCCUUUCACCUUUCAAUACCUGGAUGUAUGACCAGUUUGGCUGGCGAGGCAGCUUCCUUAUCCUGGGAGGACUUCUUCUCAACUGCUGUGUGGCUGGCUCUCUUAUGCGCCCAAUCGGACCCAAACCUCAGCCAACGAAGCUGGUGGCAGAAGAGUCAAACACUGUGGAUUCAGUACAGCCACAUCCUAAGAAGACCAUCCUGCAGACCAUCAACUCUUUCAUUGAUCUCACCCUGUUCAAACACCGUGGCUUCCUGUUGUACCUCAUGGGAAACGUCAUCAUGUUCUUCGGUCUCUUUGCUCCACUCAUCUUCCUCUCUAAUUAUGCAAAGAGUAACGGCAUCAGCAAAGAGAAGGCAGCCUUCCUUCUGUCAGUCCUGGCGUUUGUUGACAUGUUUGCACGGCCUUCCAUGGGCCUGUUAGCCAACACCAGGUGGGUCCGGCCCAGGGUGCAGUACUACUUUGCAGGUGCUGUCCUGUAUAACGGUGUGUGCCAUGUGCUGGCACCGCUGUCAGUGGACUACACUGGAUUUGUGGUCUACGCCAUCUUCUUUGGCUUUGCUUUUGGCUGGCUAAGUGCAGUGUUGUUUGAGACCCUGAUGGACCUCGUGGGAGCACAGAGGUUCUCCUCAGCGGUGGGACUGGUCACUAUAGUGGAGUGUAUACCAGUGCUGUUUGGCCCACCAGUAACGGGUAAUUUUUAUGACUACUAUGGUAACUACAACUAUACCUACAUAUCCUGUGGCAUCAUCCUCAUGGUCGCCAGUGUUUUCCUCUUCGUGGGAAUGGGCAUCAACUACCGCCUGCUGGACAGAGAGAGAAAAGCGGAGGAGAAAAGGGAGCGUGAGGAACCUAAGGAAGAGCGAGCCGCCAUGUUGGCACCGCCCCCAAAAUCAGAUGAGAACAGCGCAGUGGCCGGCGUCACACUGGAUGAUGUGGCCAGGGUGGAUGAGGACACGGUGUAGAACAUUUAAAAGAAACUGACUAAAGAAGGAAGCUCACGCUGUAGAAACACACACAAAAGUUGCAGUUACUCAACCACACUUAGCCAUCGCUUUAUCAUAGAAAAAAAGGCCUUGUGCAGCGACUGUAAGCUUUGUUACGACGUAUGUACGUAUGACGCCUCUUGAUUUGGUAUUUGUGCCUUCGAGAAGUCCUCCAGAAGUACACACUGCUUAUACACUAGGUAAACGCACAAUAAGCAGAAGGAUUAGAGGAUGAAAGCAGAGGACUUCAGUCUCAGGGCUUUCUUACAAAUCUUUCUUAAUUUAGUCUAGUCGUUGAUGUUUGACAUCAUGGAAUACAUACAUUUUGUUACCUUACAGUGUGCACAUGCACAGUUGCAUUGCUUCACUCUUUAAAGGGCUGGACUUAAAUUAAAAGGAAUAAAUUAUAAUCGUUGUAGGUAUAGUGACAUGUUUGCGUUAGAGUUUGAAAUAAAUAACAUUUCCAGGUUAUUGCACAGGAAAGUCUACAAUGAGGAAUAAUUGUGAGAUGUUGUAGCUCCCUAGUUAACAUAGAUAAGGUUCUGUCUGCAGUCAUUUUGAAUCUAUUGUGAGAGGAAACGGGCACAAACGUAAAUGUUUAAUGUUUAAAAUGCAUGUUUGUACAUAAAUACGUGAGCAUGUCAGUAGCUCAUCAUACAGUGCUGUUUUGAUAAUGGACACAUUGAACACGGGUGUAACACUGCUGCUGUGUGAGCAGUAUGAUGAGACCAUGUGCAGGAUUAAAUGACACAAUACGUUGGUUUGAAGAUGUAUUAAGAAGCUGACAGGAAGUCGUUCAUUCUGAGAGGUGUCUCAGCAAACCGGUUCAACUGAAGCCAGGUUCUGUUAUGUCCCUGCAGACCCAACAAAUAUGUCAGGUUGAUGUGACGCGUUCAUCAUUAGGUCACACAAAUCCACACUCGUUUUAUGUUUAGGCCAGUUGUGUGUUACAUGGAUUAUUCAGUAAAAUGCUGCUCAUGAAGAAAGUUUAAAUUUUGCAACAAUUAAUAUUGGAUAAAUUAGGUCCCACAUAGGAAAAUUGAACCGUAGAUGUCUCAAUAAGAUGUACCUUUUCAUGCUGAGGAACGGGGUCGAUCUUAUCCUUUGUUUCCGCACACAUUGACACAGGUCGGGUCAUAUUAUCUUUCUUGUCGCUGAGCUCUGUCACAAAGCAAUGACAAUAAUCGGUACGUUGCUUAUUGUAUAACAUUUGGAAGAAACAUUUUGAAGGCCAUCGUUUCUAUCUUUUAUUUAAAUACAGAUUUUAAACAUUUCUUAGUUUAUACUUAGUAUUUCUCCUGUUGUGAACACCAAAAGACUGUUUUGCUAAAACAUUAGUUUUUAAAUAUCAAAUAUGUUUGGUUGGUAAAUGUUUCUGAACAAAAGAAUAGUUUGUUGUUUUGCCUCUGUAGAUGAACUCUGGAGUGAAUCUUUAUCUUGGAUGAUAACCAUGUUCAUGUUUUGGGGGAGAGACUAGACUUCUGUUCUGUGCCCACAUUCCCCUGCAAACAUGCCACACUAUAGUCUGUGAUAUUGGCCAGUGGGCAAUGUUAGUUCAUAAUUGUAUUUAACCUUUUUCAUUAUUUUGGAUAUCAUAUAAGUGAAGAGGUGACACUACAACAGACUGUGAAUGUUACUGUUUUUGAGUGCAGCGUAUUUUGAACAGUACUGUACGAGGGCCCACAGCACAUUCUCUGUUUUUAAAUAGAAAAACUGAUAGUUUUUGGAAAUUAACUUUUGUCUUUUAGCAACAGUAGAUGUUUAAAUGUUGGCGUUUCUGUAACUGAAUAACAGUGUUAAAACAAAAAGGUCUUUUAAUUUAAAAUAGAAAACGUUCUUAGUUAAAGGCAAAUCCAGCUACAAUGAUUAAAAGUUGUAAUUGGUAUGAAUUUAAACUAAUACUUGGAAAAUACUACUAUAACUUCUGUUCAGAGACUUGUGUCAUCUGGAAGCUACUGUACCACACUAGUAGUCAGUUAUUUAAAAUAUAGACCAAAUCUGCUUAUUGUCGUUUUCUGGGGUGCUUAAAAAUACAAUUAUUUUAUUAUAUUAAAAAACUAGAUUUUAAGAAGUUGUCCUCUGUAAUGCAGCUUUUUUGCUGCACUGCAUUCUGUAGAUUAUGAAAUAACAAAACUGUAAUAAAGAAAUGCGUGAUAUCCAAACCAUCCCUACUUAUCUGCCUGUGUUCAGAAAAUUGAAAUGUGUGUUCCAUAUAAAUAAAUUUUUAUUACAAACAAG